AACUCGUGGUUAUUAUAGCAGAGUGGGUGAGUAUUUAAUGACCACAGGGAUUGAUUUAUCCUUUAUUGUUCAGCCUUAUGAUCACGUGUGUCUGCUACCCAAUGGCAUGGCAGCGUUUCUCCCCAUUACUUUCCCACUGUAGUUCUCUGAGGGGCCAAGUUGCUACUUGAUUUCUCCACAUUGUUAUUUUGUGAGGCUGGGUUUACUGCGUGUGUAUGUGUGUGUGAGAUGUGUGUGUGCGUUGUGCUUUUGCAUGUAUCUGCUGUAUGACUGCGUACAUGUGAAAGUAUAAUUUUUCUGCCAUGUCGACAUCCGGAACACUGACUAGCUACUACGUCGAUUCCCUUAUUCUGCCCGAGAGCGAGGAGUCCUCUGUUCCGAGGUACCCCUCCAGUUCGGGAAUUCAGCACGCCAGGCAGCCUACCCCUAUCAGCGAUCACAACGAGCUUGGGACUUGCACCUUCCCGUCCAAACCCCCGGUGUUCGGUCCGUCAUGGAACCACGUCUCGGCUCAGUUCCCAGGCACCGUGUCCUCUGUGUAUCAUCACCACUAUGGGCAUCCACAAGGCCCGGUGUGUCCAGAUACAGAUGGCCGCUAUCAGUCCUGGCUUCUUGAACCUAUGUCCGGUUCGCUGCCAAUGACCGGAUUACCGACGACUCAUCACUACGGAAUCAAACCAGAGGGGCUGGGGACGCGAGCUGACGGAGCGCUACCCGGAUCCCACACCGCAGUGCUACUCUCCGAUUACGCCAACGGCACGGUGGCGACAGCAUCACCGGGGGAGAAGGACGAGUUGUCCGUUCAGGCUGGAGACAUGAGCGCAGAGAGCGAGGAGAAACCGGGCCUGGACCCAAAUAACCCGGUCUCCAACUGGCUCCACGCGAGUGCCACGAGAAAAAAGCGCUGUCCGUACACCAAGCACCAGAUCCUGGAGCUGGAGAAAGAGUUCCUCUUUAACACCUACCUGACCAGGGACCGUAGGUACGAGGUGGCGAGGCUGCUAAACCUCACCGAGAGACAGGUUAAAAUCUGGUUCCAGAACCGCAGGAUGAAGAUGAAGAAGUUUAAUAAAGACGGGGCAGCGAAAGAUGAAUAAUUGAACGCAAAUAUACAGUAUUUAGCGAGCUUUGAGACUAGAAGCUCUUAACUCUGCUGGACCUUGUUUUUAAACUCCAUUGUCUUAUCGUUAUAUAUAACACCUCUAGGAAUAUUUGUCUUGUACAAUAAUUGAAAAAGAAGAAGAAAAAGCAUGUUGGGCUAUAAUUUGAUGCGACUUUAUAUUGCACAAUUUUAAUAGUGCCCUCUCGUUUUUUUAUUAUUGUUUUUUUUAUUAUUUUAAGUUGCUCCGUUCCUCUUUUCAUUUGAAUUAAUACCUCGUUAAAGUGUAUUUGUUGGUCUGGUCCCUUGCUUGUUUGUGUAUGGAUGUUUGUAUCUGUGCGUGUUUUGGUUUGUAGCUAUAUUUGUUGUCUAUCUCAGAGUCAGCUCAAGAAAUAGUUGGGUUUUAAAAAAUGUAUUAAUUUUAUUGUCUAUUCUCCAUACCUGGUAGAGCGUUGACUGAUUACCACGAGUUUGAUAUUAACAUUAGAGCCGUAGAUAAACAGCCUUGCUGCAUUUUGAAGUAUAAACCGCAGAAAUUUCCUGAAAAUUCUUACGACAUUAAAAAUGUUAUAGAGACUAGAGGCUAUAUAAAAUUACAUGAUUGACUACCUAUGUCUUUCAACUACCUACCUACAAUAUUAUGUUUUUAAAUGACGGAUUAUAUAAAUUUGCUUGCUUCAGUAUAACAUGUCUGGCUGAAUUUUCAGGGAGUAACAUUUUCAAGGGACAUGAUGUUUGUUAGUGAGAGAAAAUUAAACACUGUAGGCUACUCAUUGAAUACCUCGCGGUCUGCUGACCGUC